AGAUCUCAGAGUUAAUAUGUAAGUGCCUCAUUUCUGAACUGAGAUUAGAAAGAGAAAAUGAACAGCUCCUUAGAAUACUUAGCGUAUCCUGCAAUUGUCGCUAAUCACAGACAGAGCACAACUUUUAAGAAGAAACUGGAUGUUGGACACCACGUGUCUCACAAGAACAGAGUGGAAAUAGCCAAGCCUGCAGUUGAUACCAAACCUCCACUGGCACACACGCACCAUAUUUUAAAACUAAGUAAAUUACAGGGUGAACAAAAGAGAAUUAAUAAAAUCGAAUAUGAAAACAAGCAACUGUGUCAAAAAAUUGCUGAUGCCCAACGUGGUCCCUCCAAGGUGGAUUGCUGGAACGAAUAUUUUUCCAAGAGCUUAAACAGAGAAACUCGAAACAGAGAAUUAGUGAGAAUUACUAUGGAGAAUCAAGGAAUUCUUCGGAGACUUGGAGACCGUAAACCUCACUAUGACCGAAGGGCAUCAGAGAUAGACUGGCAGAAUUCCAGACGGUAUAUAAGAAAUACCACAAGAUAUCUUCUCUACAAAAAGGACUAGAAACAUCAACAUGGGGAAAAAACCCAGAAGAGGCACGGUAAUCUAAAAUCAACUUGGAUUAUCAUGGAACUUCCUAAAUGGAUGAAUGACUGGAUCUUAGGAAGCUACAAUAAAACUUGGUGCAUGAAAUGAGUAAGUUACAUUAUAUUCCUCACCUGAAUCUAGAGACAGAAAUGGAACCUGCCACCAGAAAAAAAAAAAAAGAUGCAAGCACGUUUUUAUUGGUUUUUUUUUAAACAAAGGACAUUUCACACUCAGACCUUAUUACCCUUUUAGACAUAGACCAACAACAAAAUGAAAAAGGUGAUCAUCAAGCUACAAGUUGAUUUCUCCACCCCCCUCCCCCAAAAUUAUGUGACAAAACCAAGGUUAAAAAACCAACAACACGUGGAACAGAUGUCAUUUUUUAGACAUUCUGUCAAUACACAAAACUGGAAGAAGAACCUCUCGUUUAAAAUCCCAGCAUACAGAACAACGAUGUCUGCUCACAUCUGCUGCAACAGUGAAAUACUCCAUUAACUAUGAUGAAAACAUAACAAAGCAAAUUGAGACCACAGUGCAUAGAUUUUAUUGCUGACCAUACAAGUCGGCACGUGUGACUUUUAGAGAAAGGAUGGUUUGAUCUCCCUGUAUUUAUUUACAGGGUAUACAAAUUAUUCUCUGUCUUUUGAAUGUCAUUGACUCUAUGUGAUAACAGAAAUAUUCUUCCUUGUUCAUUGGCUCUGAACUAUAUUUUUUGAGGAUGGCCACUGUACUUAUUUCUAAAAAGUCCCACAGUUAUUAAAAAUAUUUCUAAGAGAUACUAUUUCUGGGUCGCCGGCUCAUGCCCUCAAGGUUAUGACCAGGCUAAACUGGUAAUUGCAAAAUUAGAUUUGAAAUAAAUAUCUUCAAGCAUGUAUGUAUUCUAGUGUGCUAGGGACAAAGCAUGAUUUGUGACCACCUGGCAUAAGUAGAGUAUGCCAUGAUUAAUUGGGUUCAUUUUCUUAUGUUGACUUGAGUCCUGUGGAUAAGGGAACUGCUAAGCAACAAGGUAAACUCCACACCCAUCCCCAACCCCACCUCCAAGAUCUCACUGCCUGUCUUCCUGGGUUGACAGCCAAGUAUAAUUAUUAAUUAUGACUUAAAAGGUGGCAAAUAGAAACAGGCUACUCAGUUAUACUUAAGAAUCCCUGGGCACAUGGUGAUUUAGAAAAUCACAUAUUUACAUUAACUAUGUUCUGUUGUAUUUUUAUUUAUUUUGUUAAAUAUUUUCCAAUUCCAUUUUGAUCUGAUUUGACCCAGUGUUGUGGGCCAUGUGGGUAGCCAGCCUCCUAUCUGACACCUCUGGUAAAGUGGAUAAAGAGUCAGCUGGGUUCAGGUCCAACUUGUGACAUAUUAGCUCCUGUGAUCAUGGUCAAGCCCCCCUUAACCUCUCAGUGAUCCCAGUGUUAGUUAGAAGGGCUUAAGUUUCCACAGGUAGAAUAAUGCAGAGAUUUAAAGAGCAAAGGUCCCAGGAGGUGGCACACUGUAGGUGGGCUGGUCUUGACCAAUACGAAGUAAGUGAAUUGUUCCAAGAAGACCCCAAAAUCAAGAUAGGGGUCGAGUCAGCUCAGACCAGUUAGGGUCAACCUGAG